AUGUCUCCCGUAUCCAGCAUAGACAAGCACGAGGGCGGCUUCAACAAGGCGUUGAAACUAGCCAUGGAGAACGGCAAAGAAGUGGUUGUCAAGAUCCCGUUCCCAGCCAUGGUGCCCGUGGGAUAUAGCAUCUUUACCUUGGCCGACUCUGUGGCACACAAAUCUGCACAUGGGCAACCAUCUUCGUCUCCGACGACGACCCUACCCAAGAUCGUCGGUGUCAUCGACUGGCAGUUCACCUCGAUCUCACCGGCAUUCACCCAGGUGCGGUGGCCGCACUUUCUCGAGCCGCCGGAAGACCACCAGACCGGGGCGAUCAAGCCGGAACUCCCGGCCGAUUUCGAGAUCAUGGACCCAGACGAACAGGCCUAUGCGCUCUCACAACGGGACCAAACCCUGCAGGCGAAAUGCUACGAAGUUGCCCUCGCUCAGCGUGACCGCGAAGCAUACUUGGCUCUCAUAAAAGUCCCUGACACUGUGCGCCGCUUAUUCACCCUGUGCGAUCGGACGUUCAAGAACGGCGUGGUGCCGUUGAGGGACUGUCUGAUCCAGCUGUCCAGCAAUUGGCACAGGAUCGGACUCAGCGGGAGCUGUCCGAUUACGGUAUCGAGCGAGGAGAUGACUGCCCACGAAACACAACUCGGUGAGUAUCGAGACUGGGUUCAACUGCGGAAAUACACCCAAGAGAUUCUAUGCUCGGAUGAAGAGGGCUGGGUGUCCCCAGAGUUGGACUCUGAGAAAGUACGGGCACAAGAGAGGGAGCUCUUUGGGAUUUACCUCCGCAGACAGGCACCGGACACGUUAGGAAAAGAUGCGAAGGUGUUUUGGUUCUACCCCCCCGUGUAG